AUGGAUUCACCCGUGCUCAACCAGCUGUUUCGGCAGCUUUUCCGGCAUCCGGCAUGUCAAAGCCUUCGCCGACCGCAAUCCUCGUGGUCUCGACAGACCCGUACGUUCCUGACCCGGCGCACGCCAGGCAAGCGCAAGCCGCAAGAUGAUGCGAUGCUCUGGACAAAACGAGGCGACUACCCCAAGAAUAUUGAGGAGGAGUACAGAUUAUACCCUACAGUCACUGCGAAAGAAUUGCGGAAUCGGCGCGAACGACCGCGGCAGGUGAAAAUGUUGACGCGCGAGUUCAUCGAUGACAGUCUCUACAACCCGCACUAUGGCUAUUUCUCCAAGCAUGCGACAAUCUUUAGCCCGGGCGAGCCAUUUGACUUCAACAAUAUCGAAGACGGCCCCGCGUUCCACCGCCUCCUAGGCCAGCGCUACACAGAGUUCGAAGACAAGUUGGACGAAGUCAAACCUGAUAUCGCGCGUCAGCUAUGGCAUACUCCGACGGAACUUUUCCGGCCGUAUUACGGCGAGACGAUCGCGCGGUACCUGGUGUCGAAUUACAAGCUCACGCUGUACCCUUACCACGACCUAAUUAUCUACGAGAUGGGCGCUGGUAACGGAACAAUGAUGUUGAAUAUUCUGGAUUUUAUCCGUGAUACCGAUUACGAGGUGUACCAGCGCACCAAAUUCAAGAUCAUUGAGAUUUCUCCUGCGUUGGCGGAUUUGCAGAUGAAGAACUUGAUAAAUACGCUCAAUUCCAAAGGUCAUCGAGAUCGUGUUGAGAUUGUCAAUCGCUCUAUCUUCGACUGGGACACAUAUGUCCACUCACCUUGUUUCUUUCUGGCAUUGGAGGUGUUUGAUAAUUUCAGUCAUGAUACCAUCCGCUAUGACUUCAAGACCGAGCUUCCUCAGCAGGGUGGAGUCUUGAUUGAUGCGGAUGGCGAAUUCCAUGAAUAUUACAACACGAGGCUGGAUCCUGUUGCGGCUCGCUUCCUGCGCGUGCGUCAAGCUGCUGCGCGUCGCCCUUAUCCUAGCCCUCUUGGCCCGCGUGUCCUCCGCGGCCUGCGCUCUGCCCCGCCAUUCGGCAGCAGCCACUCUCUUCCUGAGUACAUUCCCACUCGACUGAUGCAGUUCUUUGAUGUGUUGAAUCAAUAUUUCCCUGCCCACCGUCUGGUAUCGAGUGACUUUAAUUCUUUGCCAGACGCGGUGCCUGGGUUGAAUGCGCCGGUCGUGCAGACUCGGUACAAAAGGCAAACUGUGCCGGUGUCUACUCCAUUCGUCCAUCAAGGAUACUUUGAUAUCUUUUUCCCCACGGAUUUCAACGUCGUUGAAGAUGUCUACCGCGCAGUGACAGGCAAACUAACUCAGGUCACAAGCCACGAGGACUUUGUGAACCGCUGGGCGUAUAUUGAAGAUACCGAGACGCGGAAUGGGGAAAAUCCGUUAUUGAGCUGGUACAAGAAUGCCAGCAUGUUGUUGACGGUGUAG